CGAUAAAGAUAAAUAAAAGAUGCAAUUGCAAUUGGUGUCGCCGUGUAGGGUUCCACGUGUAGGAGGUGCAGUGGUAGUGGGAGGCAUUCAUAGAAUUGGGACCUUGACCUCCACUGUCACCGUGAGAAGAAGAAGUAAAGCAGUGACUACUGCAAUGCGAGCGGUGGUUCAGCGCGUGGCCUCUGCCUCCGUCGAGGUCGAAGGCCGCAUCGUCUCCGAGAUUGGCCCCGGCCUUCUCGUCCUCGUCGGAAUCCACGACUCCGAUUCCGACGCCGACGCCGAUUACAUAUGCCGAAAGGUCUUGAACAUGAGGCUGUUCCCAAAUGAAAAUACGGGCAAAGCGUGGGACCACAGUGUGAUGCAGAAAAAUUAUCAAGUCUUAUUGGUGAGUCAGUUUACGUUGUAUGGAUUCCUGAAGGGUAACAAACCGGAUUUUCACGUAGCCAUGGCGCCUCAGAGAGCCAAGCCCUUCUAUGCCUCUUUAGUUGACAGGUUUAGGAACGCCUAUAACUCUGAUGCAAUCAAGGACGGUGUAUUUGGAGCAAUGAUGAAGGUAAAUUUGGUUAAUGAUGGACCAGUUACCAUGCAGCUUGAUUCAAAUUCACCAAAGAAUACAGUUGAUGCAGCAGAAUCUUGAUCAGUGGUUGAUCUGGCUUGAUGAAAUUGAGCUUGAAUUUUGGCUCUUCCGUCAGAAAGACCAAAUGUAAGACACACAUUAUGUGUUAUUCAUUCUAGUUGAAGUUCUUUCUCCCCCAAUGUAGUGACUAGUGACCCCACUUUGUAACACUAUUUAGUUCAAAGAAUGCCUUAGAUUGUCCCUGUUCGUUCUGCCAUAGCUCAUAUGGGAAUAGAGUUUGGAACCCUUUUGGACUAAACAAGCUAAUACCGGAUGACUACUAAUCCGGGUUACCCUUAUUCAAGGUUGUAUUUUAACUGGUUCCAUCCAAUAUUGUUAAAUAACCAUUAUAAUGCCACCAUAAAGCUAUAACAUGCCGUUUUUUUA